AUGCCGUCCAAGUUCGAAGGACUGUUGGACUGCGGUCGCCUGGAGGAUGUCAACCUUAACUCGGCGUCCUGGAAGCCAAUUCGGGCCUCCAGAUGGAGUUUCGACCUGGUGCGACCGGAAUUCCUCGCCCUGCGGCCUGGCAGCCCGAAAAGUCCUAGAAAGCCCAUCAGACGGACAGCCUGGCUCGACGGGUUGAGGGGAUUUGCAGCACUCACGGUCUACUUUCAUCAUCACCAGCUCUGGGCGCACAACACCAUGGGCAACUCCAUCUACGAGAAUGCGUUUGGCUACGACGGAAAGCACUACUUCGUUGCCCUACCCUUUGUCCGCAACUUCUUCUCGGGCGGUCACUUCGCUGUGGCCAUCUUCUUCAUCAUCUCGGGAUACGUUCUGUCCGUCAAGUCGAUGAGCCAGAUACAAAAAGGCCAGUCCUCUAGCGUAGGAGACACUGUCGGCUCCGCCCUUUUCCGCCGCUGGUUGCGACUCUAUAUCCCCGUCAUCGCGGUCACCUUUCUAUGGAUGUCCCAAAGCCACUGGUUCGGGAUCUGGAGCGACUUUGGCGAACCGAAGAGCAGUUACCGGGAAGAAGUCUGGACAUGGUACUCGAAUUUCAAGAACUACAGUUUCGUCUUCCUGACCGGCAACGUGUACGAAUUCCCUCUGCUGUACCAUGCGCACGCCUGGUCCAUCCCGAUCGAAUUCAAAGGCUCCAUCAUCAUCUACACGGCGCUGUCCGCCUUCUCACGAUGCACCAGGAACGCGCGGCUGUGGUGCGAAGCUGGCCUGAUCGUCUACUUCUUGUACAUCGUCGACGGCUGGUACGGUGCCAUGUUCAUGGCGGGCAUGAUGCUCUGCGAUUUCGACCUGCUCGCUUUGGAUGACCAACUGCCGAGGGCCUUCUCCUACCUAGAAGGCUUCAAGGAGCUCAUCUUCUUCCACCUAUUCAUUGCUGGUCUCUACUUUGGCGGCGUACCUUCUUGGGACGGGCAAGAAAACAUCGUGUCAAAAUCUCCGGGCUGGAUUUGGCUCUCGCACCUAAAGCCGCAAGCCGCCUUCGAAGCCAAAUGGUUCUUCCUGUUUUGGGCGGCACUCUUCAUCGUCGCAGCGGUCCCGCGCCUCCCGUGGCUCAAGCGGUUCUUCGAGACUCGCUUCUGCCAGUACCUCGCCCGCAUCUCCUUCGCGCUAUACCUGGUGCACGGGCCAGUGAUAUGGUUACUGGGCGAUCGGCUGUACGCUGCCACCGGCUUCUCAAGGCCAGUGCACAAGGAGCACAUCCCGCAGUGGAUCGAUGCGUUUCCCCUCUCCAAGAAGGGCGCAAUGGGGUUUGAACUGGCGCUCUGGGUGCCGCAGCUGAUUCUCUUUCCCCUCACCCUCUAUGUCGCCGAGGUGGCGACCAAGUUGUUUGACGAGCCGAGCGUCAAGUUUUCGAAUUGGCUGUUCAACAAGACGCUAGCGCCUGCGCCAGUGAAAGCGUGA